AACUAAACAAUCGUAAUGAACUAUCGAUAGUUAAGUAUAUUGAAAAUGCGAUAUAGUCAAUAUCACCUAAAUGUUGUUUGUAACAAAGUGCUGUUGUUAUCAUAAAUAUUUGUUAAUUUAUGUACCUUGUUAUCAAUUCAAAACAAUUUUUUCUCGUUUUGUUCUAAUUCACCCCAUUUUACGGUACCCAAAUAUCGUCGUUCCUUUGUUAAAUCUAUUUUUCAUUCAAAUUAUUGUCGAGCAGCAAACGAAUAACUACAAAAAACAUGGAAACCGAUAAAAUAGGAAUUUUAGAAAAGUGUGUAGCUGCUUUAGAAUUAAAAGUGUAUGGUGCAAAUAAAGUCACUCAAACUUCACUACCUAGUGGUAACCUUGUUGAAGAAGUAAAGCUAGUUGACAAUACUAUAGGUAAUGCAUGUAUUGGUCAUCCUUAUGCUAAUGCUUUACUGAGUCAUGUAAAACUAUUGGAUAAGUUAAUGGAUCCAUUUUAUGAAGAAUAUCAACCUGAAAUAUCCAAACGAGAAGUUAUACUUUCUUCAGAGUCUGAAUUAAUUGAUUAUGUGCAGCAGCUUAAGCAACUCGAAGAAAAACGACAUACAAUAAAUGAUAAGUCCUAUGGAGAAUUAGACAAAUAUACAGAAGAAAUUGAGAAAUUGGUUGGUAAUGAAAGAAACCAACGUCAAUUAAUUAACCAACAAACAGAACAUUUACACAAAUUAUUAUUUAGGUAUGAACAACUGAUGUUAAAAUUUUCAAUAGCAUUUGAUACAUUAGAAAAAGCAAUAACAGUAUUAGAGUUAAAGACUUCAGAAAAACCAGAAGAAGAUAUUGAAGAUAGUAAAUAAAUCAAAUACAAAUAUAUUUUUGCAUAAAAAAAGUAAAAAUAUCUUUAA